AUGAACAAGCCUCGGAAACCCUUGCUCAUCGGAUACGACGCUUGGAUUGGUGCAGAUGCCCUCAAACAUGACACCGCUCUCUACUCUGAGGUGAUCGAGUUCGUUGAAGGGAUCAGCUGGGGUGCACUGGCUGAAAUAUGCAACAACCUCAAAGGCACUCCGUGCACAAUUUCCGAGAAAUAUACCGUUGGCAGAUCUAACCUAGUCCGCCAGAUCAGAUUUAUAGACGACCAAAUCUGGGUAGCACGACUCCGACUACCGCGCAAAGAUGGCAAACCUGCGUCACAAGUGGAAGAUAGCAUUAUAUCCUGCGCCGAAUCAUUGACAUUUCUACGGAAGCGCACGCAGGUCCCUGCCCCAGAGGUUUAUCACUACGAUCCUUCCUCGAAUAAUCCAGUAGGCGCGCCGUACAUCUUAAUGAAAUACGUUCAUGGCACACUCGCGAAAAGGCUCCAGAAGGCCAGGGGCUGUCGAAAAUAUAUGUUCGGAACGCCCAAAGAAGAUGCCAACUUCAGAAAGCAGCUCGCUUCGAUCCAGGUGGGACUGGCAACGCAUAAAUGGGAACGCAUAGGUCGUCCACGCCUCCAUGAGAAUGGAGGCUUCAGCAUUGGGUCUCUGGAGACGGAUUUGAAUUUUGCCACUGCUACUCAGUAUUAUGACCAUCUCACUAAGAAUGCUUUAUGGGGCGGAGCAAGCGAAGCACCAGCAGACUCGCAGGAUACUAUGAUCCUUAUCCCCGCUCUUUUUAAGACCUUGAUUGCUCGCUGGUCGACUCAUUCUGGCCCUUAUGGCUUGGUUCAUACUGGCCUCGGCGCUCACAAUGUUUUGGUCAACGAAAAGUUCGAGGUCCUCGCGCUGAUAGAUCCUAAGGGAUUGAUGACAGCGCCAAUCGAAGUACAGGCUCAGUUGCCCCACCGCGUGGGAAUGCGUAUGAAGCCUCCUGGGUGUAUUGCAGGUUCACCCAAGGAGGAAGAAACGAUGCGAGUCACAAUGCAAAGGGUAAAGGCACAUAGGAAGAUGCUAAAGGAGGCCGACGAGGAAUAUACUACGACUCGGAAUUCGAUGAUUGGUAUGCCACUAUGGAGGGCGAUGUUAUCGCCAGCAGCAAUUUUGGUUCAGGGAAUGGUUGAGUAUGGACAUUUUGGAGAAGAGGUAGAUAAAAGGUGGCUUGUUACGCUCUCAAACAUGGUGAGACAGGCUCAAUGGUUGGCACCCAGUAUCACGCGCAGCUUCCCUAUCCACUAUGCCUUCGACGAUAGCGAGGACGAGGAAGGAUAG